AAAUAGGUAAAUACAGUUUUAACAAUAAAAAUUUCAAUGUACGUCUUUAAUUCAUCGAAUCAUUAAUAUAAUCUUGUAAAUGUCAUAAAUCGUAAUAUGUCUGAGGACGAAUUUAUAUUAGUGAAUCGACGUAGAAGACGUAAAAAAUUCGAACCAGUUUUUAGAGAACGAUUAUCGGUUAUAGAAUCCAACGAAAUUGAAAUUGAUAAAGAAAUGAUAGUUCGAAAAUUAUUUGACGCAGUAACCAAGCUCAAGCGUAGUGUAUUUAAGACACAUAUCUUAUAUAAUGUCACAAAAGUUCUAAAGAUUUUAAAUGCCAAUAAAAUAUUUGAGAUAAUCUGUUAUGGUUUAGGCCAGUUUUCUCAAUAUAACUCUUCUAAGUAUCAAUUAGCUUUAUUAUUGUUAUUAAAAAGACAUUAUAAUUGUCAAGUAUCUUUAUAUGAUCCAGCAUUUCUUACUAAGGAGAUUGAAAUUCUAAAAGAAUUAAAAUUAAAUGUCAUAGAAACCAAUGAAGAGGGUAAACGUAGCAUUAGCAACAAUGUCACAUUUAUUUAUAUGCCACAUUGUCCAAGACAAUUGAUAAAUAACUUCUUGUAUUCCAAUUGGAACGAAAACUUGAGUAACUGUAUUCUAUUUACUAAUAGCUUUUCAGAUAUAGUAGAGAAAAGUUUAAAAUGGCAUUUAAUGAAAUUUGCAAACUAUGUGUUACGUAUUUACCCAUACAUGACAGAAAUUAAGUUACACAAUGAUUUUGAAUACACAGAAGUAUUUUCUACUACUAGUAUUCAUAUUUUUACUAACCAAAGCUUAAGCAAAGUAUCAUCUAAUUUUUGGAUAGACAAAGAAGAUCCUCAUUAUCAAGAAAAAGAUAUUGAAUUUAUUACUGCAAAUGAAAUAAAUAGAUCGUGUUAAAUUUUA